AUGCGGUCGCCGACGCUGCCGCAGCUCUUGGUGGGGCCGCUGCUGGUGUUGCUGGUGCUGCUGGAGGCCGCCCGCUGCGCGGAGGCUGCGGCCCCUCGCCCCCGGGACGCCACCACCGCUUCCCCACGCUCAACGGAGGCGGCCAGCGGGGCCUCCACGCGUAGCAGCAGCAACAGUAGUAGCAGCAGCAGCCGCCUGGCCGAGGUGUCGGCGCCGCCCGAGCAGGGCCAGCCCAUGACCCAGCGCGCCCUGUCCGUGCUGGUUCUGGCCAGCGCCGCCCUCAUCGUCUACUUCGUGAUCCGGACCGUGCGGCUCAGAAGGCAAAAUAGAAAAACCCGAAGAUAUGGAGUUUUGGAUAUGAACAUAGAAAACAUGGAGCUGACUCCAUUAGAACAAGAUGAUGAUGAUGAUGAUACAACACUGUUUGAUGCCAGCCAUCCUCGAAGAGAAGUACGUGCCUUUCAUUGAAAGAACCUUAUCUUAGAACCAGAGAAGGAGACUGCUUCAUGGGAGAAAUAAGAAGCAAGAGGGUAUGCAAGUGGGGGGAACUAAUUUAAUUUGUGUAUUUUGGCAUCCUUAAUAUCUUGCAAUAAGUAAUGUAUCAAUUUGUUGUAUCUUUUUGUAUAUAGAGAUUCUCAAUAUGUAGCUUAGGGGGAGAGAGUACUAACUGUGAUAAGAUAAAAACCUAUUUAAAAUGGAGAAUCCUUGUAAAACAGGGUAUUUUUUGCUUGUUAGAAGUCUUGUAUGCCAUUAAGCAUGGUAUACAGUUUUUUUCCUACAGUAACCUGGAAUGUUAAUUUUUUCUUCUGAUAUUAAAUUGUAAGUAAAUAAAGCCACUGUGGAACUUCUCAGAAUUGUUAGAACACGAUUUUUAUUGAGUAGAUGAUUUACUGUUUACCAAUAAAAAGCCAAACCACUGCCUUCUGUGUUGAGAAUUUAAACAACUGAAUUAACAUGUUUUGUUCAUGUAAACUUCAGUGAAAAAAUAAAAUGUGUUUACAGUGCUCCUAGCAUUUAGUAUGAUGCUCCAACACUAUACGUUUUAAGGAUACUUGGGAUAUUAAUAUAAUUAUGUAAAACAUGGUAUUGCAACAUCUUCUUGCUGUUGAGACUCCUUAUUGCAACUGUUGAGUUAAUUUUUUGUGAGAUCUGUCUUCAACUUGUGUGAACAGAUGUGGCUCAGUGACUUUAGGAUCUUGCUGUGUGAUGUCAGUAUUCAGACCUGUAGUGAAGCAGAGGUAAGCCUUUGGGAAAAUUCUAAAUAUUCUGUAACUCUAAAAUGAAACACUGACAUCAGAAGCAGCUGUUACUGAAAUGUGUGGUAGUACUUUCAUGAAUGUAGUCAACACAGAGCAGUUCUGUUUAGUUUUUGGCUAGUGCCAUAAAAAUUAGAACAGUCUUUAAGACCUGGAAGAUACACUUUUUUAAAUGUGUUGCAGUUUCCACCAUAAUCCUGAUAAUGUAAACAAAAUGUUCAAAUUCUAGUUUAGAAUUAAUGUGUAAUUUUUUGCUAAUUCCUUAUAUCCAUAUAUUUCAAGGCAUAAGCUUUCUACAGCAGUAUUGGUGGGGUUGACUAUGUAUCCUAAAAGUGCCUGAGUUAUGGGUUACAGGGAAAGAGGAAUAAUUUUUCCUGAUUCUUCACCCUCUUGGUGUUUGAACAAAAUUGGAGUACCUUUCUUUGAGGUCAUUUCAACAGUGACAGGGUGGGGAGGGAGUCUGCUGUAGAUUUUCUUUACUUCUGCCAACUGAUCUGUUAUAUUGAAACCUUCUUACUGCACUAAGAAUAGCUCAGAUGAGGUCAAAUCAGCCGCCCAAGGUAAUUUUCACCUACAGCUGCCCACGUGCCACAUACAGCUAGGAAAUAGAUUGUAUUUAUAAUAAAUGUAAGGUUUUAUUUUGCUUCCUGUUGUAUCUAACUUUUUUCUGCUUACAUGUAAAGAUAAAACUGAAAUGGAACUACAACACUAAUUCUUGGAACUGCUUAGUUGAGGAAUGUGGAGACUUAGUAAAGAAUAACUGGGUUGUAGACUGCAGGUGAGAGAACCGUGAAUGAUAGAAGGCAAAGUAUGCUGUUUCCGUAUAUAGAGGGGACCAUCAAUGUUAAACUAAACAUAAGUGAAAUCUUUCAGAAGUAUAGACUGUCUUCCUGACAUCCUGGAAUUCAAACCUGUAGAAUCUUUCUAGGCUUUGAGCCACUCUGAAGAGGUGUUAUGCACAGAUAUUUGAACUGUUUAAGCAAGUUAAAAUCACUGGAAAUGCAAUCAAUCUUUAAGCUCUUGUAUAUGCUGCAGGUAAACUUUGAUGUUUUUCUGCAGAAAA